GGCGACUACAUGCAAGCCAUAAACCCACUCAGUUACAGGACAUAUCUCGAGAAAAAGGAUUUCGUUAUACAUGCGAGAAGCGAUGACAGACGGCCGAGGAAAGGUAUGUCAGAGUUUAUCACAACCCUCGCAGAAAAAGUGCGAGAACGCGGUAGUAAAAUCUACCUCAAAGAGACAAUAACCUCAAUUGAUAAAAGAGAGGACAAGUUUGUUCUUCAAACUACCAACUUUACUGUAAAAGCCAACAAGACUGUAAUCACCGCUGGACCAACGGCUCUCAAAAAGAUAAACGGUGACGUCAUGCAAAACAUCACAGGUCACGACAUCUUUAAGUCCAUUGUAAGCGUGCCCGCAUUCCAUGGAGCAGCGGUGUAUGAAAAAGCAUGGUGGAAUGACUCAAUCGCUGCUCAAAAAAAUAACUUCCUGCAACCUUUGGAGAUGUUCAUAUCAAGCAGCAACUGCCUGGGAAUUACCAUGCCUUACAAUGGUGUUGGUCCUAAUGGAAGAGCUGUGCUGCAUACGAUAGCUAAUAAUGGAGGAUGCAGUGAUAAGUGGGGGAAAACCGUGAAGAUUUCUGCCAAAGAAGUCGACAAAGAACUGAAGCGAGCUCUGAAGUACAAGUUUCAAAGACAGGAUGUGCCAGAUCCUUUGGAGACUAAGUACAAGUAUUGGGACGAAGGAUUUUGGUUUCUGCAAAAGCCUGGUGCCAACUUCCCCUUAUCCACCGUUCAACGAUGGGCCAUGCGACCGCUGACCGGACAGGACGUAUUCUUGGUGGACAGAGCAUUUUAUAGUUUCGGCGGAUGGCUGGAUGAUACUAUUAAAUCAUCACUGGAUGCUUUAAAAGAGGGCUGGAACUUAGAUUUUACACUUUAUUAA